AUGCAGAAAUUUGAAGAGAUAAUUCAACAGUUAGGCAUAUCAUAUGGAAAGCGCCCCAAAAUUGAUACAAGUACACGUUGGAAUUCGACAUAUCUUAUGCUGGAUACUUGUUAUGAGUUGAAAAGAGCCUUUGAGUCUCUCAGCCAACAAGAUUUAGAGUACCCAUAUGCACCCACAGUUGAAGAAUGGGAAAAGGCACGGUUGAUGCGUGAAUUGUUGAGAACUUUCUUUGAUGCCACAAAUGUUGUCUCGGGAUCACUUUACCCAACUGCAAAUCUACAUUUUGAUGAGAUAUGGGAAGUUAAGAUGGCCUUGGAGAAUAGAGCUAUUGAGGAGAACUCUGACCUUACUGUGACAAUUGAGUUUAAGUUUGGGUACAUAGAAUUCCGUUUGAGAAAAGCAUUUGGUAACAAUGCAGAUUCUAAAAUUGCUACAGUGAAGAAGCUAUUGAAGGACCUGUUUAAGGAGUACUCACAACUGACCGUUGGUAGUGAAGAGGCAACACAACAAGUUGCAGAUGUUCAGCUGAUCACAAGCACAAGUGGAAGAUAUGCAGAUUGGGACAUCCACAUGAGCCUUAAUGCUACCUCAACAAGUGAGCUGCCUUUUGAGCUUGAUACAUAUUUAGCUAAGCCUACCAUUCCUCGCAGUGGCCAUUUUGAUGUUCUUGCUUGGUGGAGGAGCAACUCUCUUGAGUAUCCAAUUAUGUCCCGUAUGGCUAGAGAUAUUCUAGUGGUGCCUGCUUCAUCGGUCGCAUCAGAAUCAGCAUUCAGCAUUGGAAAGAGAGUGAUAUCUGAUGCCAGAAGUCGAUUAGCUCCUGAAAUGGUUGAAGCACUAGUGUGCCGUCAAGAUUGGAUUCGAGCUUCUAGUAAGAUCUUUAUAUACUCUAUUUGCAAUUAUGAUGCCUUAAGUCUUCAUGAAAAUAUCCUCUAA